CAUCGCGGGCCGUCCUGCUGUGGGCUGGCCGUGUGGCUCAGUGGUGAGGGCUCGGGCCAGCGGCCGGGCGCCACCGGGUUGGGCAGACACGCCCGGUGAACAGGCCCUAGACCCGGCCGUCGUCCCCGGCGGGUGGGUGAACCGUCCUUCCGCUGGGGUGGCGCCCUCUGCCCCCAGCGCACCGCGCCUGCCUCAAGUCCAGCGCGACGCCUCCAGAACUUUCUCGGCCCGAACUGAAGCCGUCGCUCCCGCCGCCCGGUCCGCCUGGGUGGCCGGUGGCUGCGCCCUGCGGGCCUCCUGGGGCCAGGCCCCUCUGGACACAGGCCACCCGGGACGCGGUGGCGUGGGCAGCGCCCUGGGCGGGCCUGUCCCCGGCCGGCUGGUUCUCGGCAGGGCGGCCCCACGUGGCCGGCGGGGCGGGGCGACCGGGACUUUCCCGGGGGAGGCCGCGGAGGCGGGAGCCGCCCCUGAGUCCCGCGGACGCGGAAGGGGCGGCGCCUCUCCCUGCGCGGCCACCGAGGCCACCGCGGCCACCGCUGUCGCGGCCCCGAGGACCCAGGACGCCCGGAAGAAGGAGGCUUCCAACCUCCAGACCUCCACCUCACCACAGGGCGGACGGCGUCUGCCGGUGAGCGGGGCCUGUCUCCUCCUGCCAUCAGCGGCCUGAGGUCUGCUGCAGCCGCCCCCUGGAAGCUGGCCCGCCGCGCGGGUAGGGGUGGCCGGGCGCGCAGGCAGGGAGUGGGCCGGAACAUGCCUCCACCCGCCCCCGUGUCUGCUGCCCGUGGCCGUGCCCACCCGUGCCCAUGGCCUGCCCCGGCCCGUCUCUGCCCGGCGCCUUCAGCAUCCUGGGCUCGUUGGGCCGGGACAGGCUUGUCCAGCUGCAGCACAGACUGAGGGCCCUGGGCCCGGGCUGCCGCGGGGCAGAGCUCCUGCACGCCAUGGUGCUUCUCCAGCUGGGCCAGGAGGCCGAGGCCAGGAGCUCUCUGGAGGCCCUGAGAGCGGAUGCCGGGGCCCGGCUGGUGGCCCGCCAGUGGGCGGGCGUGGACAGCACCGAGGCCCCAGAGGAGGCCCCAGAGGAGUCUGCGGAGGUGUCCUGGACCGUGGCCCGUCUCUACCAUCUGCUGGCCGAGGAGCGCCUGUGCCCAGCCUCCAUGCGGGACGCCGCCUACCAGGCCGCCCUCCGCACCCCCAGAGCCAAGGACGGGCAGCGGCUGGCGGAGCUCCAGGAGGAGGCCCAGGACCCGUGCGGGCGGGACGUGGUCGGGAGCCUGGGGGGCUUCCAGCCCCUCUGCUCCGAUCGGGGUCGCCUCCCUGCGUCUUCAGCAUCACCCUCUGGGGCCAGGAGCCUUCCCCGCCCCAUCGAGGGCCAGCCGGACUGGAGCCGGGGUUGCUCCCUGCGGUCCACCGGCAGCCCCAUCUCGCUGGCCAGUAACUUGGAAAUCAGCCAGUCGCCCACCAUGCCUCUGGGCAGCCCGCACCGCAGCACCCACGGGCCCAGCAAGCUCUGCCGGGAGCCCCAGGCCAGCCCAGUACCUGAGCCCGUCCCCACGGGCUGCCAGGAGCCAGAGGAGAUGAGCUGGCCCCCCGCAGGGGACACUGCCCGCUCCCUGGAGCUGCCAGACUGCCCGGCCCCCAGGCUCCCCGAGGCGGCCCCGGGUCCAGCCUCUGCCCACCUCCCUGACUCCCCUGCGGCUCCUGAGACCAGCAGCCACUUCCCAGUGGAGUGCACGGAGGUGUCCACGGGCCCCGGACCUCUGCCCCUGCCCAUGGUGGAGGCCACCGAGAGUCCUGGCCUUGUCAAAGACAGGACAGCACCCCAGCUCUCUGGAGGAGAGGCUGCACCCCAGAAGAGCACGCCGUGCCCACCCACACCUGCGGCCCCGCUGCCCUCUGCUGCCCCUUCCUCCUGGUGCUGGCCUCCGCUGGCCUCCCUGAGCCCUGGGACCACCUCCUCUGAGCCAGGGUCACCGGAGCAGUUCUACAACUUCGUGAUUCUCCACGCCAGGGCUGACGAGCAGGUGGCCCUGCGUGUGCGGGAGAGGCUGGAGGCGCUCGGGGUGCCGGACGGGGCCACCUUCUGUGAGGACUUCCAGGUGCCCGGGCGCGGGGAGCUGCGCUGCCUGCAGGACGCCAUCGACCACUCGGGCUUCACCAUCCUGCUGCUGACCCCCAACUUCAACUGCCGCCUGAGCCUGCACCAGGUCAGCCAGGCCCUGAUGAGCAGCUUCACGCAGCACGGCAGGCAGGACUGCGUGGUCCCCUUCCUCCCCCUGGAGAGCUCCCUGGAGCAGCUCAGCCCCGACACCGCCGGCCUGCUGGCUGGCCUCGUGUGGCUGGACGAAAGCUCCAAGAUCUUCCCCAGGAAGGUGGCCAGCACCUUCAAGCCCCAGAAGCUGCAGGCGCGCAAGGCCCACUGGAGGAAGGAGCAGGACGUGCGGGCGCUGCGGGCGCACAGCCAGCACCUGGAGGGCGAGCGGCGGCAGGCGGCCGCUGUGGGCGCGGCCUACUCGGCCUGCUUGCAGAGCUACCUGUCCUGGCAGGCGCAGGUGGAGAAGCUCCAGGCUGCUUUCGGCAGCCACCUGUCCUUGGGGACCCAUGGGCCUCACCCGUCUCAGGUGCCCUUUGGAGGGCAGGCGCCCCUGGCGGGGGCGUCUCCCUUCCCCGCCUGGCCGGGCGGCCCCCCGCCAGCACCACCGAGCCCGUGGCCGGCCGGCCCCGCGCCCGCCUUCCCGCCGCCCGCGCCCCCGCAGGCCCCGGGCGUGCAGCCCCUCAUCAUCCACCACGCGCAGAUGGUGCAGCUGGGGCUCAACAACCACAUGUGGAACCAGAGGGCGGCCCAGGCGCCCGAGGACGAGACUCCGGAGGCGGAAGGGCGGUGACCAGCUGACCCCCGGACCCGCUUCGGGCAGCAGGGCUUCGUGGGCUGGGGUCGAGGAGGGGCAGGGGAGGUGGGGCUCUUAAUUAUAAUAAAUAUU